GCUCUUUACGGAUGGCAAGGUUAUUGUAUACAAGAUCAAGGAAACACUCAAUGCCGCACCGAUAGCAAUGUGAUGACCAUUCCUUUUGCAGAUGUGUGGGUGACGGAUCAACUCAACAAGACCCGACCUCAGCUGUUUGAAGAUGCCGUACAACAAGACGAAGAUUUGAAUCCUUUGGCGAAACCUAAUCCACCUCACGAUCCCAAAAUCUAUGCGGGGGCUAUUUUAUGCUUGUUGUGCGGUGGAGCGGCGUUCGUAUUGGCGAUUGUGAGGACGACGUUCUAUCAAUAUUUCCAGGAUGAUUAUUAUGCGCGCGGUUUAUUAGCAUCGGGAGCGACGACGUUGGCGUUACUGUUACUAGCUCAAUCGUCCAUCAUGUAUCAGAACGCCGUUCAACAACUGAAUGUGGAAUAUCCUCAUUUGGAAGCCACCGAAGGGCCGUGUAUGACUGUCAUUGGCGUGGCGUUCACCUCUUACUUUAUUGCAAGCUGUAUCUUUAUGCAUGGCUUUUUA